AUGACGACCUUGAUAAUAGUUGUGUUGGUUGCAGUGAAAGUUGUUGAGUCAGAUGAUCGCUGGAGAAACUCGAGCAGAUGGGCCAAUGAUUCCUUGCAACAAAUUGUUAGAGAGCAUAGGUUAUACAAAGAUAUGAUGAACAUGGAGAAAAUGACGCCAUUGAAAUCAAGCAGAGUCAUCCACUCACCACAACCGUACGAGGUCAGAUUGCAAGGCGGCCGAACUUCGAGCGAAGGUCGUGUAGAAAUUCUGAUUGGCGGGAUGUGGGGAGUUAUCUGCCCGGACAGCUGGACCAACCUGGAGGCCAGAGUCGUUUGCUACCAACUCGGUCUCGGAUAUUCAAGGAAUGCUCUCAAGACAGGAGCUUUCAAAGGGGAUAAAAUGGUUCGGCUGGCAUCAGGAAUUGAAUGUGACGGCAACGAAGAGAAGCUGUCCGACUGUCACCAUCGUCAUUACGGAGACGACACCGAGUGCACGGUCUCUUCGAAAUGGGUGGCUGCCGUCAUGUGCUCAUUCCGACUGCCUGAUUUAGUACCGAACGCGACGAUGAUCCAGAAGUCUAUGUACCUGCAGGACCAACCGAUGGCCUAUCUGCAGUGCGCCAUGGAAGAGAACUGCGCCGCACCUGAGGCUUUUGUCCUCAGGGAGAAAAGAUCAGACUGGCAAUCGAUAAAGCGGAGGUUGUUGAGGUUUUCAGCGAUGACGUGGAACUUCGGGACCGCUGAGUUCCUGCCGCACGGAAGGAAGGAUGAUUGGGAGUGGCACCUCUGUCACAAACAUUAUCACAGCAUGUCAAACUUCGCGGAAUACGACAUCAUCGACCAGCUUGGCAACCGAGUGGCACACGGGCAUAAGGCCAGUUUCUGUUUGGAGGACAACUACUGCAUCGAUGGUGUCAAAAAAUUCUACGCUUGCGAUGGCUUUGGAGAUCAAGGUGUAACGAUCGGGUGUGCGGACAUCUACGCUCACGAUAUUGACUGUCAGUGGGUGGACAUCUCUGAAAUGUCAGUUGGAAAUUUCACGUUUAAGAUGAAAGUUAACCCGGAAUAUCAUGUCGGUGAACUUGACUUCGACAACAAUGCAGUCCUAUGUGACCUUGGAUACCUGGGCGGUUCCAUAAAAGUUUCAAAUUGUAAACUGGCUAGAGGGUGA